AUGCAUCCUUUACAGCAUCCUAAUGCCGCCAUUGACGCGCUUCUAAACACCCCUGUUGGAAACGUUCCUGAUGGAUCUUACUUAGUCGUCUUUACCGGAGCAGGCCCAGCGUCGAGAAGAGUAACGGUGCCCAUAACGCCUGUUGACAAGAACAAGACAGUUAGCAGGCUUUUGGAGCAUCUUAAUAUUGCUCUCCAGUCAAUUGCAGACAUUAAGAUUGCAUCAAAACCCGAAGGAAGAAUAACAGUGGAAGAUGGCGCUGUCGACCUUGGCAUUUUAGGUCAAAGUGUAAAAGUCCCGUUGCGCUAUAUAAGUUCCACGGACAAAAGUAGCAUCAACAGUAUUUUGAGGCAAAUGGGGCAGCAGCUAGGGCGAAUGUUACAAGAAGCCAACAUCCCGCAUCAGCAAUUGACACUCCAAACGACUUUUACAAAGCACGAUGGAAGCACUUUCUCUGUCGAAACUCCUCUGGGGCCGACGGAAAAUGUGGAGCAGAUGUUGUCAAACCUUACUCUGUGGGCACUUGUUCCAAAGGAGGCUCAACAAGAACACAUUAAGCAUGUGUCAAUGAGUGUCCAGGCCAUCGGCUCACACGCUCCCAUGCAGAUGGGCAGCCGGCCACCUUCACCACAAUCCCCUGCAGGCAUGAUGCUACCAACAGAAAAGACCUGGGGCACACUUCCUGGAAGCCCUGCAAGCAAUGUUCCUGGAUUUUUCAUCCAAGGACCGAGAGGGGAGCGCAUAAACUUAGGCGAUGUCCGCUCUCAGCCGCUGAGGGUCUUCCUUCGGAAUCUAGUAUCACCAAUACACUCAUGGUGCAGAGCAUUCUGGGGAACUCAGACACCUGAAGGGUGUAUCCCAAAAACAGAAUUCCCUUAUUAUGUAGUCAUGAGCACAGAACUGGGACAAAUUCCAGUUCCAGAAGGCAAAAACUGCCUUGUCGUGCUUCGUUUGGACCCGAACGAAUUUGAGGUCGAAUAUCUUUUCCAUGAGCCUCCGCUUCAACAGACCUUCAAAGGAGGCAGAAAAGCUUUUCAUUCCUACACUAUCGAAUUAGAUGCUGCCAAAAGCCCUCUUCGAAGUCUGAUUGAAAAAGCCAUCGGCUGGAGUAAGGUUUCAAGUGCACAGUCGUGUCUUGUCACAAAUCCGCGGGUACCUUUCUCAUGUGACGAUCCACUACCGAUCGAUCCUGAAACGGACACACUGGAGAAAGUGGCCAGCAACUCUCGUUUUGUUGUUGUGAGAACCAGGAGUGCAGCUGCCGAACAAACAGCUGCCUUCAUACAGAAAAUUCCGUUUCUCGCCCGCAUCAAUCGAAUCCAGCAUCUGGGGAGGGAUUCACAAUAG